AUGGCCAAUUUUGAGAUCACUCAAUACGAGGGUGCACUUGUGGAGAACACCAAGAUCAGCUUCCGCAACUUGUACUUGCGCCGGUUCUCUUCAGGACCAGAGAAGAACCAGUUAGUGCUAAUAGACGGGUAUGGUUCAACUGAUCUUGGGCUUACUGCCGCCAACAACUGGGCAAUAUAUGAUGGCACCGGUCCGGAUGCAAAGCUGGUUGCCCAUGCACAAGGUCUGCAGACCAACGUUGCAGGCAACUGGUACAACUCAUUCGUCAUGGUGUUUGAGAUUGAGAGGUUCAAGGGGUCCACGCUUGAGAUAAUGGGAGCAACAGUCGAGAAAGAAGGCGAGUGGGCAAUUGUCGGUGGAACGGGUGGCUUUGCAAUGGCUCGUGGUAUCAUCCAGAGAAAAGUACAUGAAAAGAGAGCUGAUGGAGAAAUACUAGAGCUUACCAUCGACGCAUUCUACCGCAUGAAGAUGGAGUACAAGAUGUCUAGAACGACAUGUUGGAUCCACAGCAGGAUGUCUGAUGACUCCGUUGUGGCAAUUAUCAAUGGAGAGGUCGUCAUGACCAACGCCAACCGGAGUGACGAACGUCAGCUCUGGUGGAAGCACCUUAUAUACGAGGAUGGCCUCAAGGAUGAGGCAGGCAACCCAGGGUUUGUGCUGGUGAACAAAGGCACCGGAGAUGCAUUGAAGCACCCUCCUAUGGACCCCAGUCGCUGGAUCGAAACCAUCAAGUUCGAUCAAGCGCAUCUGGACGAGUCAAUCCAGUGGGCCGAGAGCGGGGACCUGGGCGCUGGUUUUCGCCAAAUCUAUAGGAUCAACAAAAUUGACUACCACUUAAAUGCGUAUGGCGGGUCUGCACAAGAGGGCACACGGCUCCAACUCUAUCCGGCGAAUGGCCAAAUUUUUAAUAAUGAGCUUUGGAAGAUCACCCCCGUAGAGUGA